CGCUCGCUAGUCUACAUAUGACCACCCGCCGAUAAAGUUGUCCGCUCGAGCUAAACUUGCAAAGUGUGCUGCUUACACUGUUUGGUGCAAAUGGGGUAAAUGGUUUUAUCGUGGUGCUUAUUGAAAUCGCUUGUUGCGUCGAAGACAGAAAUCAAUUGCAGAAGUCAACAAAAGAUUCAAGCACCUUAGGUGCCAAUUGGGAGUGUCCGCGGUUUCGGAUUCGGGAAAUUCGUUUCCCAUUUAUGAUCAUGUAAACAUUUACGGCUUGUGGCGAGGAACAAAUAGUGUUGAUAAAUAAAUAUAUCCUACAUCCGAUUUGCCUGUUUGGAGAAGUGGUCAUUGCCGGGCAGGUGUUUUAUACAUUAGCGAAAUAAGGAAUGAACCAAGCUAGGUCUUUGGUUGGUUUCUAUGAUUUGGGCAGAGCUCAAUUGUGAAGUGACUUUCGAUCGAAGCUAUCCGAAUAAUCGUGUGGUGAUUUACUCGCGCAAUGCCAAAGAUACGGGCUGGUGGGUUCUUAUCAGUUGCGCACAGCUUAGUCACAGUUGUGGUUCUUGUUGUUGCUGCUGCUGCUGGAGGAACUGAUAGCGCUGGGCAGCUGCCUUGCGAAUUUCGUGAUUCAGUGAACAUAACUAGCGGAGUGCGCGAUACCCUGGGGAAUAUCCUUUACAGUAACAUUAAGUACACGCCAGAGCAUUAUGCGGUGAUAAACUACGAUUAUGUUGAGUAUGACGUCAGAAUUAGUGUUCCGAACUACUAUCGAGGCUGCGUAUGCCAAGUGACGAACUGUGUUAGAUUAUGUUGCCCAGUGGGCCAGUGGUUCGUCAGUCGUGAGGAAAGUGUCACCACCUGCGUCGAUGGUAAUAGUCUUUUGUCGCCUGCUUUGUUGACGAAUGUAACGACUGCGAAUGGCGUUCGAUUGGUGAACUUAGUUGAGGAUCAAAUAUUUGGAUUUGUCCAUCAGAAACCAUGCCCGGCGCUGCUUAUCGAGGAUGCUUCCCAGUGGGCGUUGGAUGACGCUGGAGCUAUUCUAUUGAUGGAUAUGGUCGUACCCCAGGAGGAGUACUGCCUGGCGGUGGGUGAUGACACGGGUUUAGUUGCAGCUUACAUGUGCCCGUUGCCGCUGGAAGAAGGAAGCAUCACAUAUUCUAUUGGUCUGAUAAUUUCCAUCCCCUUCCUGGUGGCGACGCUGCUGAUCUACGCAUGCAUCCCGGAGCUCCGAAAUAUCCACGGCAAAUCGCUCAUAUGCUACGUGCUUGCACUAACCUGCGUGUAUAUUGUGAUGCUGAUGACGCACUUCGAUACUUCGAUUGUCCCGUGUGUAGUUCGAGCAUAUUUGUUCUACUUUUUUGUGAUGGUCAGUUUCUUCUGGUUGAAUGUGAUGUGCUUUGACAUUUUCUGGACCUUCAGCAGUGGCGUGUUGAUCAAAAAUGAGAAAAAGCGAUUCCUGUACUACUCACUCUAUGCCUGGGGUUGCCCGCUGAUAUUAGUGUCCAUGGUAGCCGUUUUCGAAAACACAGAAAUACUCAAUGAAGAUCUAAGACCUGGCUUUGGAUUAAAUAAUUGCUCGUUUAUCAAUGAAAAGCUGAUCCAAUUCCUAUAUCUGUACCUUCCGCUGCUGAUACUGGUAGCCAUGAAUUUGUACUUCUUCAUAGUCACCGCAAUCCGAAUCAUUCGAGUGCAGAGAGCUACGGAAGCUGUACUGAGAAAUGAUUCCGGACGGCACAGUCGGUUCGAGAAAGAUCGCUAUCGGUUCACGCUGUACCUGAGACUGUUCAUCGUGAUGGGUGUCACGUGGACGUUCGAAAUAGUGUCCUGGGCUAUGGAAAACAACAUUUGGCUCUUCUACGUCACUGACAUUUGCAACUGUCUGCUGGGAGUUAUGAUCUUCUUUCUGUUUGUUUGGAAGCAGAAGGUGCGGAAGUUGGUUGCUAAAAGGAUAGGACGGCAUCGCAACUUAGGCAGGAAGAAAACUUCCGUUAACGCUACAUCGACCAUGGGUGGAUCGAAAUACACCAGUGUCCAGGAUACAACGACGAUUCCGUUGAAUACAGUGUCCCCUUGAGGAUCAAUGGCUUCGCAACUCUGUGGGCCAGAUGCGGCUGCAUGCAUGACUCUUAUCUACGCUUAUUUUAUAUGCAUUCUUAGAGGCACAGAGUAUGCUUCAAGUGUGCUGAAAUAGAGUAACGAGAUCUUAUUUUGUAAGUGUCACCAGAACUCACGAUUGAUGCAGGUAAUGAAAGUAAGCAGUUUACCAAAGAACACAGCUGUUUGAUGGUUUCCAUGGACAAUGUCAUACAUUUAGGCAACAGUUUGUUUAAGUCAGUAAAAUAUACAAAAUAGGAGAAUAGUACCACGAAACCCAAUCGUGCAGUAUUUCUUUAGAAUUUUGAGUUCGAGUAAUUAAAAAAUGAUUUGAACAAAACACCCUUAAAAACCGCGAACAAGCAUUUACAGUGUAUUUUUAUAUAUUCUUAGUUUAAUAGUCAGAUUAUGCGACAGUUUUUCGAAGACAAAAGAUAUAAUGCUGGCAUAGUCUUAAUGCUCAAGAUAGAAAUUAUAGUCAAUAGUUUUAAAUAUGUUGUUUGAUUCAGCGCUUUACAAUACACGACAACAUUUUUGUGUGUACAUGAUGAUGUCUAAAAUUGGUACACAAUCAAUAUUUUUUUUUCUGCGAUAAAUAGAAGAACCUUCUUCGCCACUAGUUAAUAGAGGACUACCAAAGUAAAGUAUUUUUUUAAAGCAUUGGCAAUUUGUAUUGCGGAAAACUAUGCAGAAUCCGAUACUCUGUUGAUGUUUUAAAAUAUUUGUUAGAUUUCCACGUAAACGUUCCUUCUGUUUAAUCAUUGUUCGGUAUUGUAUGUAGCAAGUUUGAUGAUGUCAAUAGGUUUGGAUCAUUGAAGUCGAUAAGUCAAUGGACGGAAACAAUCGAAACUAGUGCGUAGUUUAAGGUAGGUAAAUGUAAGUUUCUCGGACCAAAGAAAUCACCAAACAUUGUACAUUUAUAAGUUAUCCAGAAUGAUAAACUCCAGUAUAUACAGCACUUAUUCAUACAGAGAGCUUUCAUGGAUAAAAUACAGUAUUACUCUGCUAAUUCAACAAAAUCACGUCAAAGUUUUCGAAUAUUGACUCGAUACUUCUGCUUCAUGUUAAAACAAAUAUACAAAACCGAUAGCAUACUCACAACAGAAAACCAUGUCCGGAUUUGAAAAUCCGAAAGUAUCCGAAACCACAUGGAUUAUGUACAUCCCGCGCAAUCCAUGACAAAGUAAAUACUUCUCCCUAGGGGUAGGUCACUCCGCACACCAAUCUUGGGUCAUCUUUUUUGUCAGUGUGCCGCAAAUAUGCCGAUUUUGCCGGUCAUACAGCAAGCUGCGAUUGUUAGUAAAAUACCCAUCCCGGCAACCCGGUAUUUCUGACACCUUGAAUGUUUUGGUUUGAAAUCGCAAGGAUAAAUAAAUCGGAUUGAGGAUGACGCGGGAAAUGGAGGGUGUGCGACAUUUCAGUGAUUUGUGAUCCAUAGGGCAAUAAAAGUCCUGUGUUUUAGUGUUUUAUAAUGCCCUCAAAGGCAGACCAGAAACCUAGCCUUUCGGCCGGAAAGAGUUGGAACCGGUGGGGAGCAUUGUUGGAGACCGGCUAUAGUGGGUGAUGAAUAAACUUCUUUAGUUUGUUUAGUUAGAGUUAAGGGUACUAAUGAGGUCCGAUUAACUGCCUCUUUCUCUUGAACCCACUCUUGAACCUACAUUUCGUAUUUAGAUCUAUAAGAGAACUGCUGGUCUGAGUUCCUAUGAUAUAUUCAAUUAGAAGAUGUUCCUGAACAUACAGUCAAACAGCACGCAAUGUUCUGAACAACUUGAAUGACAGUUGUUCAGCAGUGCUCCCAUUUAAUUAACAACGAAAUGGGAGCACUGCUGAAUAUAAUUAUUUAAUUAUAAUUAAUAUAUAUGUAGAAUAUAAUUUCGACACAAUCAAUACUUACCCCUUGACUUCUCCAUUAUAUCGUCUUGUCAUAGCUUGUCACAGAUUUAAGAUUUUUCCCACCUAAGAGCAUGACAUACCUAAUCGAUUGUUCCCAAGUGUAGCUUUCUGUCCUUCAAUCCGUAUUAGGGUCUGAAUUAUGGAGUGUUGGUUCUGCCGAGGUAUUCAUGUAUUUAAACAUUUACAUUUGUACAACAACAUUUAAACUGUGCUAGUGCUGA